CUGGCGGGACGGAUGAUGAAAAGUGAAUGGAUGUCGAAACAAGAUGUUAAUAAACGGUUGGAUAGUAUCUUUGGCGAGUAUUCUGCAUUCGUGGUUAGGCCAGAUGAUCAACAACAAUUUGUUCAACAGUCAAAAUUGUUGGAAAAUAACUAUAAAUCUAAUAAAAUUUGUAAAACUGAAAUUAUACGGGAUGAAAGACAAUCUAAUGUCGAUAACCAAACUCAAUCUAGUUCAAAUAUCAAUUCAAUGAUUGGACAACUUGUCAAUAUAUCUAAACCUCUUUCACCUGUUACCUUUGCACAAAAUGAGUCUAAUCAACUUGCCAAUGGAUUUGAAGCAACAAAAGAGGAUGAAUUUUCUAAUAAAAGUGAAAAAUUUGGGCCAGAUUUGGAUACAAUUUUGGAACAAAUUUCUCGUGUUUCUCCUCUUCUAUCGCCAAUUGUCAAUAUUUCUACUUGUUUAAAUGAAAAUAAUUCUGAUUCUUUGGAUAAUUUAAAACAAGAAAUUAAUGAUGCUAUUACCUCUAAAAGUGGCCAGAAUGGAUCAAAAAAUAAUUUGAAGAGAUCGAAUACUGACGAAGACACUUCUCAUAUACACAUCUCACCAAAACGUCAUAAGGAUUUGCAUGUAGAAGAACAACACCAACAACAAUAUUUUACACAAAAAGUCAUUAAAAAAGAAGUUAAUUCUUCAAUUUAUUCAAUUAAACUUCGAAGCAUUUCUUUAAAUAAAUUGCUUAAUAAAUUUUAUCCUCAAAAAGAAUUGCAAGAAGAAAAUGAAUUACAACAAGAAAUUCAAUCUGAAAGAAGUUUGGAUUGUUCUACUGCUAAUGCUUCAACACCUACCACACAAAUUGAUGUUGAACAAGCACAAAAUGAAGGAGGGAAUGGUCGGCAGUCUGAUAAUAUGUCUGAUCAACCAACAAAUAUUUCUGAUUGUGACUUCAAGAUAGGAUUUCCAACACCCGACGGAAAAUCACCACCUUUUGAUUUCUUUCAAAAAAAUGCUCGUGAUAUUCGAAAAAGAAGCGAUCAGGAGGGAGAUCGAAUUUUGAAACUUCUCUUUUCCUUUGAAUCACUUGCUUAUUAUAUAAUGGCAUCCUCAACUUUAACUUCAAAAACAGAAAAAAUGCAUUCUUCAAUAGCAGAAAAUACUAAUUAUCUCAAUUCUUUUUGGAAUUCCUUCAAAAAACAGAAAAUCACAGAAUCAAAAUUCCUUACUUCAAUACGUACACGUUUAAAAUAUUUACAAAUGAUGAUUUCUGCUUGUUUGGCUUAUAAUUUGUAUUCAUUACGUUCGGGGGUAAAAUUUUUGAUUUUUUUAUAUAAAAAAUAUCUAUUUGGAAGGGAAUCCUAUUUUCCUUUUUUUCUCCCAUUUUCAAACUACCUUCAGAAAAAUGACGAUAGUUGUAGGCCUAUUUAA